AUCGAACCUCCCGCGCCGCAUUUCAAAUCUUCAUUCAGUUUCCGGCAACCAGUCAUGUCGCAGGAGGACGGCGUCAAACUGCGUGACGUCACCAGCACGGGCAUUGUCAUCAGUAACCGGAUCGGUAAAGAAGUCGCGUCCCAGCUCGAUCUCGAAGAGUCACUAGAAGCUUCCCGAUACGCAAGCCACCCCUACGCUACUCAUCCCAGAGAGUGGCCGCCGUUGGCGGAAGUGGUGGAUACUUGGGAGCUGCCUCCGGUGCUUAUCGAGAGAUAUAAUGCAGCUGGCGGGGAAGGAACUACAUUGUGUGGGAUAUUUCCUGAGAUUCGCAGGGCGUGGGCAUCGAUAGAUAAUUCCUUGUUUCUGUGGCGUUUCGACAAGUGGGAUGGACAAUGUCCUGAAUAUAGUGGGGAGGAUCAAGCUAUUUGUGCUGUUGGCCUUGCUAAAUCUAAACCUGGUGUUUUUGUUGAAGCUAUUCAGUAUCUUUUGAUUUUGGCAACACCUGUUCAGUUAAGUCUUGUUGGAGUGUGUUGCUCUGGAGGGGGUGAUGGCACAGAUCCAUAUGCAGAGGUCACACUACAGCCAUUGCCAGACUAUACUGUACCGUCUGAUGGGAUCACCAUGACUUGUAUCACAUGUACGGAGAAGGGUCGUAUUUUACUGGCUGGGCGUGACGGCCACAUCUAUGAGUUACAUUAUUCAACUGGAUCAAGCUGGCAAUCAAGAUGUAGGAAAGUUUGUCUGACUGCUGGUGUUGGAAGUAUUAUUUCCAGAUGGGUGGUACCUAAUGUUUUCAAGUUUGGAGCUGUUGAUCCUAUCAUUGAAAUGGUGUUUGAUAAUGAGAGACACAUAUUGUAUGCAAAAACUGAAGAAAUGAAACUCCAGGUUUUUGUUCUGGGGCAAAAUGCUAAUGGACCAUUAAAGAAAGUGGCAGAAGAAAAAAAUUUGAUCAAUCUGAGGGAUGUUCAUUAUGGAGGUAGACAAGCAACUGGACCUAGAGCUCCAAAUAGAACGACAAAGUCAUCUAUAGUUUGUAUAUCACCAUUGUCUACUCUUGAAUCGAAGUCUCUACACCUUGUCGCUGUUUUGUCAGAUGGGAGAAGGAUGUACCUUACCACUUCUCCAUCUAGUGGGAAUUUGGGUGGUUUUAAUACAGACCGUGACAAACCUAGCUGUUUAAAAGUUGUGACAACUAGGCCUUCUCCUCCUCUAGGGCUUAGUGGUGGACUUGCCUUUGGAUCAAUGUCUCUUGCUGGUAGACCUCAGAAUGACGAUCUCUCCCUAAAGGUUGAGGCUGCACAUUAUUCUGCUGGAACUCUUGUCCUUUCUGAUUCAUCUCCGCCAACAAUGUCAUCUCUUCUUAUUGUAAACCGUGAUUCAAGCACGCUAUCUGCUGGUUCAAGUACUCUGGGGACAAGUUCAAGGAGUUCUCGGGCAUUACGGGAAUCUGUGUCUUCUUUACCAGUUGAAGGGCGAAUGCUUUUUGUUGCAGAUAUUUUACCCUUGCCUGAUACUGCAACCGCCAUACUGUCUUUGUAUUCAGCAAUUGAAUAUGGUGGAUAUGAAAGCCUUGAGGAGUCAUGUGAGAAGGUAUCUGGAAAGCUUUGGGCCAGAGGCGAUCUUUCAAUCCAACAUAUAUUACCAAGGAGGCGAUUUGUCGUUUUCAGUACUAUGGGCAUGAUGGAAAUAGUUUUCAAUAGGCCAGUAGACAUUCUGAGGAGGUUGUUUGAGUCCAACUCACCCAGGUCAAUCUUGGAAGAAUUCUUCAAUCGUUUUGGUCCUGGUGAAGCGGCUGCCAUGUGUUUAAUGCUAGCAGCCAGGGUAGUCCAUUCUGAAAAUCUUAUAAGCAAUGUUGUUGCUCAGAAGGCAGCUGAAGCUUUCGAGGACCCAAGAUAUGUUGGAAUGCCACAACUGGAGGGAAACAAUGCAUUAUCCAACACUAGAACAGCUGCAGGGGGAUUUAGCAUGGGACAGGUUGUUCAGGAGGCUGAGCCUGUGUUUUCAGGUGCACAUGAAGGGCUUUGUUUAUGCUCUGCAAGGUUGCUUUUUCCUGUCUGGGAACUUCCUGUGGUGAUUGUAAAAGGCAGUUUGGGUUCCACAGGCGCUAUUUCAGAAAAUGGGUUAGUCGUAUGCAGGCUCUCUAUUGAGGCUAUGCAAGUGCUUGAAAACAAAAUUCGUUCACUAGAGAAGUUUCUAAGGUCUAGAAAGAACCAAAGGAGGGGCCUUUAUGGCUGUGUUGCUGGUUCAGGAGACUUGACUGGCUCUAUUCUUUUUGGAGCCAGUUCAGAACUAGGUGCUGGUGACCACAUGGUUAGAAACUUAUUUGGUGCCUACUCUCGGACUACUGAGUCUAAUGCUGGUGGCUCAUCUAAUAAAAGGCAGAGAUUACCAUAUAGUCCUGCUGAAUUGGCAGCCUUGGAGGUCAGGGCCAUGGAAUGCAUUAGGCAGUUACUACUUCGAUCUAGUGAAGCCUUGUUUCUGCUCCAGCUUCUUUCACAGCACCAUGUAACUCGCUUGGUCGAGAGCUUUGAUGCUAAUCUACGACAAUCAUUACUUCAAAUGACAUUCCAUCAGUUAGUUUGCUCUGAGGAAGGAGACCGUCUUGCUACGAGGCUCAUAUCUGCUCUAAUGGAGUAUUAUACUGGUCCUGAUGGCAGGGGGGCAGUAGAUGAUGUUAGUUCAAGACUACGGGAUGGUUGUCCAAGCUACUAUAAGGAGUCUGAUUACAAGUUUUUUCUAGCGGUAGAGUGUCUUGAGAGAGCUGCUGUACUUCCAGAUCCUGUGGAGAAAGAUAAUCUUGCAAGAAAAGCCUUUGACUUUUUAAGCAAAGUUCCAGAAUCUGCUGAUUUACGAACUGUUUGCAGACGGUUUGAAGAUUUAAGAUUUUAUGAAGCUGUGGUUCGCUUACCUUUACAAAAGGCACAGGCUCUUGACCCUGCAGGUGAUGCUUUUAAUGACCAAAUCGAUGCAGCAGAUCGAGAAUAUGCAGUUGCUCAACGUGUACAGUGUUAUGAAAUUAUCAUCAGUGCACUGCGUUCUCUAAAAGGUGACCCUUCACAGAGGGAGUUCAGUUCUCCUCUUAGGCGUGCUGCUGCACAGCCCGUCCUUGAUCAGGCCUCUCGGAACAAGUAUAUAUGCCAGAUUGUUCAGCUUGGCAUCCAAUCUCCUGACAGAUUAUUUCAUGAGUACUUGUACCGUGCUAUGAUUGAUUUGGGACUUGAAAAUGAGUUGUUGGAGAACGGAGGUCCUGAUCUAGUACCCUUUUUACAAAGUGCUGCCCGUGAACAUAUACAAGAGGUAACAUCAGUGACCUCCGUGGCUUCUCCAAUGGGACAUCCUGGAACAUCUAUUCCAUCCAAUCAAGCCAAAUUUUCUGAGCUUUUGGCACGGUACUAUAUCUUGAAGAGGCAACAUCUGCUUGCAGCUCAUGUAUUGUUAAGACUGGCAGAAAGGCGAUCCCCUAAUUCAGGGGAUGUUCCUACUCUAGAUGAAAGGUACAACUACUUGAAAAAUGCAGUCAUACAGGCAAAAAAUGCUAGUAGUGAUGGCCUGGUAGGCUCUGCACAUGGUGCUUAUGAUAAUGGGCUUUUAGAAUUGUUGGAAGGAAAGCUUGCUGUUCUCCGUUUUCAAAUAAAGAUCAAACAGGAACUUGAGGUUUUAGUCUCUAAAGCAGAAGAUUUGCCUGAUGCAUCUGAGUCCAAUGGAACUGACCCCAAUAGCACUGAAACGGCUGAUUCCAAUUUCAUAAAUAUUGCACGAGAAAAGGCUAAAGAGCUAUCUUUAGACUUGAAGAGUAUAACUCAGCUAUACAAUGAGUAUGCUGUACCAUUUGAACUUUGGGAGAUUUGUCUGGAGAUGCUGUACUUUGCGAGCUAUUCUGGUGAUCCAGAUAGUAGUAUGGUUAGAGAAACUUGGGCCAGAUUGAUUGACCAAUCUCUUUCAAGAGGUGGUGUUGCUGAAGCUUGUUCAGUAUUGAAGAGAUUUGGUGCUGACAUUUAUCCUGGAGAUGGAGCUGUGUUACCCUUAGACACACUUUGUCUUCAUCUUGAGAAAGCUGCACUGGAAAGACAGGAGUCCGGGGUUGAGUCUGUUGGAGAUGAAGAUGUAGCAAGGGCUCUUCUUGCUGCUUGCAAGGGUGCAACUGAGCCUGUAUUGAACACAUAUGAUCAGUUAUUAACAAGUGGUGCUAUCUUACCCUCACCCAACCUCAGGCUACGCCUUCUCCGUUCAGUACUCGUGAUACUCCGGGAGUGGGCAAUGUCAUUAUUUGCACAGAGAAUGGGUACAAGUAAUACCGGAGCUUCUUUAAUAUUAGGUGGAACAUUUUCAGGGGAGCAGAGAACAGUCAUUAACCAGGGGGUUCGAGAUAAGAUCUCUAGUGCAGCCAACAGGUAUAUGACUGAGGUACGGAGGUUGGCUCUUCCACAGCAUCUUACUGAACCUGUUUUCCAGGGGUUUCGAGAACUUGAAGAGUCGCUCUUGAGUCCCUUCCCUUUUGAUCGUUAUUGAUUGUUCAUCGCGCCAUAUAUUGUGUUGUACGAUAUUUCUCUGGUUAGAAGCAGUAGUUGCUUGUACAUCGGAUAUUCUUGUAAUCUUGUGCAAGAGACUGACUCGAUUUUGGAAAAGCAUUACUAACAGUUUAAUAAAAAAAUUGUAUGCCCCAUUACUCC